AUGAAGAAAUGUCGUCUCUUAAACGUCGAAUACGAAUGUAUGGGGGUGAAGGAGGUAUACUCGGACAUGAUGAUGGACUGCUUCGGACUUUUGCUGUCACAUAUGGAUGGCAAACCAACAGAGCGGUUGGUUUGUGCCACCUGUGUUACGCGGCUCAGAGAAGCCUUCAACUUCAGGCAACAGGUCCUCCGUUGCGAAGAAGCCUUCCUGCAGCUGAGGAUGGAUGAUGCAGCAUGUGAGGAGCGCCAUUCCGCAGUCGACAGUGGGAGCCUCCUGGAGAUAGAACUGGUCAAAGAAGAGCACGAAGGUGAUACACUCCACAACAUUACAGAAUCGACCGUGGUAGACGCUCUCGCUGACGACAAUGCCGACGAUACCGUCAAGAACGAGGACUACUCCUCCAACGACGAUCUACCACUGAAGCCGGCGAAGAGGGCGAAGACGCGCACAAAAGCGGCUCCGAAGGCCCACGAAUGCGCGGAUAGACCCUCGGACGCUGAGAAGGUGGACCCGGGGCCUGGGAAUGCUAAUGGUGAAGCACCCCCUUUGGACCAAGGAUUGAGCGAGAGACUGCCGAUGUCCAAAGUGCAGCAGCUUAUGCGCGAGCGGGACCCCUCGUACAUGACCGAGACGAACAUACUCACUAUAGUCGAGUACUCGUUCGCCUGCCCGUUCAAGUGCCGCCACAACCACCUGCUCUGCUACUACUGCGGCGAGAGCUUCGCCGAGCCGGGCAUGCUGCGGCGGCACACGGGCGACCACCACCAGCCGCGCCGCUUCAAGGUCACCGAGCACAAGAGCAUGGUCAAGCUGGACCUGACGCGGAUCGACUGCCGCCUCUGCCCCGCCUCCAUACGAACCCUCGACGAGUUCAAGAGCCACGUGGCGGGCCACGGGAAGCUGUACUACCCCGGGCUGCAGGACCCCGUGCUGCCGUUCCACUUGGGCGAUGGAGGCGAGCUCUGCUGCGCCCUCUGCGACUCCCGCUUCCCUUACUUCCACGCGCUGAACAAGCACAUGAACGUGCACUACAGCAACUACGUGUGCGAGACGUGCGGCCUCGGCUUCGUGGACAGGGGGCGCUUCGUGAUGCACCAGCAGAGGCACGAGCGCGGCGACUAUCCGUGCGAGGCGUGCGGAAAGUCCUUCCGCGCCCAGUACAACCGCGACCUGCACGUGGACCGGGUGCACAGGAAGCGCGCCCGGGUCUACUGCCCCAAGUGCGACGCCCGCCUCAUGACCUACCAGCAGAAGCUGCGCCACCUGGUGGAGGUGCACGGCGAGCAGCCGCUGCGCUUCCCGUGCGGCCUCUGCGAGAGGGUCUGCGACACGAGGCGCUCGCUCACCAUACACAGGCGCAAGGACCACCUGAAGGACUACAGGUGCGCGGGGGUGGGGGGAAUUGGGUGGUUCUGGUACAGGAGGCUCUCGCUCACCAUACACAGGCGCAAGGACCACCUGAAGGACUACAGGUGCGCGGAGGUGGGGGGAAUUGGGUGGUUCUGCGACAGGAGGCGCUCGCUCACCAUACACAGGCGCAAGGACCACCUGAAGGACUACAGGUACGAGUGCCACUGCUGCGGGCACAAGUUUUUCACCCGUUUCGCGCUCAACAACCACAUGCCGACGCACACGAAGGAGCGCAACUUCAAGUGCAAGGUGUGCGAGAAGUCCUACCCCCGUCUGAAGACCCUCAAGGACCACAUGAGGAUACACACAAACGACAGGCGCUACCGCUGCCACGUGUGCGGCCAGGCGUUCAUACAGAACUGCAGCCUCAAGGGGCACAUGAAGAGCCAGCAUCCGGAGUACGGG